UUGCUACGAUGCGUGAAUUAAGUAGCGCGUAGCUAAUUAUUUAUUGUCUUCUGCUUUAAUCUUCUCACAUAACGAUUAACAAUUUUUUUUUUUUAAAUAUUAGAUGCUUUAUUAAAUACAGUAUAAGAUAGUAUAAAGGAUAACCAAAGACAGACAAUUUAACACCCAACGUGAAUAUUGAGAACAAAAUUUGCAUCUUACAAAAUUUCGGAAAAAAAAAGAGAGCUUCACUCAUGACACAAAUUAAAGACUAGAAGAAACACUAACCUUUCAUAACACAAAUUUCUUUCUCCGCCUCAAUAGAGAUUUUUUAGGGCACCGAAAAUACUGAAUCUAGAUUAAGUGUAAUAGUACAAUUCGUUAAAAACUUAAAAAGAACAUUUUCAACUAAUUAUAUAAUGACACAUGAUGUAGCGCAACAUAUUCCUGACCUAUUGAAAAAUAUAUUUCUCCCUCCCCAAGAUCAUUUUUCUUAUUUAUUUUUUUCGAUUAUUUGCAUGUGUAAAUUAAUACGCGAGAUAAAAUAUGUAUUUUGUUUGUUUAAUUAGACAAAUAUAAGAGGGUCACGAUUAUGCAUGCACGUGACCGCAACUGAACUGUGGAUCUGGUUGUUAUCAAUCUGGGCCAUGCAUGUUGUGGGCCAGCCUCGAAACAGUUAAAAUUGGCUGCAAAUGCGAAAAGGGAAAUGGCUACGCUUUAACCAUCAGCACCUUUAGAUUGGCACGAGAUGGAGAUGUUGUCGGGUCCUUGAUGGGACCCACCCAUGGAAGUUAGCAAUGAUUUGACAUUUGACAUGUCGCAUAUCACGCCCGAUGCAGGUGCAUGGACGCUACCUUGAAACACAUGAUUUCUUACGACCACUUGAACGAAUGGGAAAGCCAUGCAUUGCUAAGGAAGAGACCUCAGUUGAGAUAUCAACCGCUGAAAAACAACCGUCUCAUGCGGCGGCGCAGCCGACUACUUCUGUGGAGCAUAUUCUCCCCGGUGGGAUUGGGACUUACAGUAUAAGUCACAUUUCGUAUUUUAAUCAAAGGGUUCCGAAACCAGAGGGAUCGCCGGUGUUUACGGUCGGUCAAGCAAGUAGUGGCGAGAGAAACGUUGACGAAAACUCGAACUGUAGUUCUUACACCGGAAGUGGAUUCACUUUGUGGGAAGAAUCUGCAAAGAAUAAGGGAAAGACAGGGAAGGAGAAUGUUGUGGGAGAAAGACCCCUGGGUACCGUGAGAGGGCAAUGGACCUCUUCGGAGCGGCCUGCGCAGUCAUCUUCCAACAAUCAUCGCAGCUGCUUCAGUUCUCAGUCAUCUGGGCAGAAGAACAUAAGCUUCAUGGAGAUGAUGAAGUAUGCCGCCAAGGGUAGUGCCCAGGAAGCCGAACUUGACGAUGAAGAAGAGUUUGUUCUAAAAAAAGAGACCUCUACUACUACCACCAAUGCCACCACCACGUAUAAGAGCGAUUUGAGGGUAAACGUUGAUAAUAAGAGCUCUGAUCAGAAGGCUAACACGCCGCGAUCCAAACAUUCUGCAACCGAGCAGCGAAGAAGAAGCAAAAUAAAUGACAGAUUCCAAAUGUUGAGAGAGCUCAUUCCUCACAGUGAUCAAAAGAGAGAUAAGGCAUCAUUUUUAUUAGAGGUUAUCGAAUACAUUCAGUUUUUACAGGAACGGGUAAACAAGUACGAGGGUCCAUACCAAGGAUGGAACCAUGAUCCAGCAAAAUUGAUGCCUUGGAUCAACAAUCACAAGCUUAAGGAGAGUUACUGUGAUCAAUCUCGAGGCAUGAAUGGUGUGUCUGGUCCUGCAUUACCGUUUGCUGCAAAGUUCGAUGAGAAACCUACUUCUGUCUCACCGACAAUCCCUGCAAGCUGCGCACAGAACCCUGUAGAAUCCGACACAAGUACUGAAACCACCUUCAAAGCCGUGGAUCACCACCCUGGAAUAACAAGCAAGUCGAUGCCCUUUCCUUUGUCAAUGCAACCGAACCUCUUCGCUCCUGUCAGGAGUAGUGCUGCUGCUGCUGCUGUACCUCCAAUUCCACCUAGACUGCCAUCUGAUGCAGAGAACACAUCUCAGCAUCGAUCUAUGUUAUGUCAGACGAGAUCAUGCGCUACUGAUGGUACUGCCACUAGGGAUAAGCUAAAGGAACAGGAGCUGACAAUUGAAGGCGGCCGAAUUAACAUCUCAAGUGCCUACUCCCAAGGGUUAUUGAAUACGCUGACACAAGCCCUUCAAAGUUCCGGCGUGGAUUUGUCACAGGCCAGUAUCUCCGUGAAAAUCGAGCUAGGGAAGCGAGCAAACAGAAGAUCACCUAUACCAAAAUCCGCGAUUAAGGAAAAUGAGAUUCCUACAAGCACUUUAGGAAAAAAGCACUCUGUAAUUGCAAGCAGUGAAGAAUCUGAACAAGCCCAAAAGAAACUCAAGACAUUCAGGAACUAAUUAAUAUGACAAAUUAAGCCUAAUGUAUUAUUAUUUUUAAAAUAUAAUUAAUUCAUUUUUUUUUUUUUUUUGGAACCCCUUUGAUGAAGUAUGGGGUUGAUUGUACAAUGUACAUGUAGUUUCUCAUUACUUACAGUUUAUUUAGUUAAGUUGGGAUCCAAAUUCCAUAGAUUUCCCAACCAAAAUAUUAUUUAUUGUUUUUGGUGUUUAGAGACGAGAUUUGAGUGUAAACAGAACAUCGCUUAUUGUUAAGGCUUCCAUUCUAAUACUGAGAAGCCGCUUUUGCAUUUUGCAAUUGAGGUUGCUUUUUCUUCUUGUAA